GACUUGAACCUCACCUGUGACGUGGUGGAGGCUUGCGUGCAGCGACCUCUGACGUCACGUUGGCUGGUGAGCGAGAGUUGCUCCCAGGAAAAAAAAAAGGAGGCUCGUUCUUAGUCUGAACUUCAAGUUGAUAAAAACUGAUGGUGAGAAGAGCGAAACAACGUUGAGAAGUUUUAUCCGCAACGGCCCGUGAGGAGACGAGAGAAAACGGAACCGGAAAAGUGUCGAACUGUCAAACAAACUGACGAAACUGGAGUGCCUGGAGAAAACGCAUGAAGGCAUGAGGAGAACAUACAAAAACGCCACACAGGCGGGCUGGGAUCGAACCCUGGACCUCAGAACUGUGAGGCUAACACUUUUCAGCACCCAUUUCAGCUGUGCAAUGAGAGAAGGGCGUUAACCCUGAGGAGGACAACCUUGGCUCCGGACAAGACAUCACCGCUGCGUCUCCCGACCAGUCAGCCCAUCUUGACCAUGGCCCAGUGGAGUCGCAUCAGCCAGCUGAUACAGUACCUGCCUGACGAGACCAUCAACGACUUCUACCCCUCAGUCACCUUUGCGAUUGAAGUGCGACACUUUUUGUCUGAAUGGAUUGAGAAGCAAAAAUGGGAGGAUUUUGCCCUUGAAAAAACUGAGCAGGAAUCAAAUGCCCGUGCUCUUUUGGAUGAGAUCAUCAUGAUGCUGCAGUCAUCUUCUCAGCAAAAUGCUAAUGUGGUGGAUAAAAUGAAGCUGAUGCAGAUGAGCAAGAACAUGAGCAUGUUUCAGCAUCAGCCGCUGCAGUUUGCAGUGAUGGUGAGGGACACGCUGCGCAAAGAGAGGGUCCUGCUCAGAGCUAUGUCACAGGUAAACAACCCUCAACAGCAUCAAGAGUAUGUUACCAGGGAAUUUGCAUUUCCCAGCAUGCAGGCUGUGGACCACCUGGUACUCAAAGUACUGGAAUUACAGGACUUGCGACAAAACAUACACCAGGUGCAGGAAGACCUCAAUUGGGAAAGGCAGAACUAUGAGUCUUUACAAGGAACCAUGGAUCCCACGGUGUCGGAAGUCACAAGACUGCAAAACAACAUCCAGCAGCUGGAGUAUAAUGUCAACACCAUGGCAACGCAGUUCUCCCUGCAAUUUACUGGGAGGAGAGCCCAAAGUUAUGGGACAUCUACAAGGGAGGACACAACACCAGCAGAUUACCGAGGAGGAUGGCCUGCGUUGUGGGUUGCCUCAAUCCCGAGUGAGCGGCUAUGGACGGUCGUUAUAGCAAAGAGCAAGAAAAAAAAACGUUUUCAGUUACUUCUUGAGUGUGUGGACUGUUUGGACCAGUGUCAAACGCAACUCCUCAGCAAGCUGAAGGCCUGGAGAUGGGAGCAGUAUAAGGCAACCAUUGGACAUCCUUUUGAUGAGAACCUCAAUGUCCUGCAGACGUGGUGUGAGCAGCUUCUUGGUGUGAAUGGGAAGCUGAGACAAGAACUAAUGCUGAUCGUGGAACCAAUCCCAGAGCUGCAGGAAAGGCUCGGUCAACUACUACAGCUUCUGAUUGAAAGUUCUCUUGUGGUGGACAAGCAGCCGCCCCAGGUCAUUAAGACUCAGUCAAAGUUCUCUACAACUGUGCGUUACCUGCUAGGUGAGAAGAUAGCACCUGGGAAGCCUGUGGUGCUCAGGGCACAAAUCAUUAAUGAACUCCAGGCCAGAAGCCUGAACGUUACACCCAGUGACAAUGUUGGGGAAGUGAUCAAUAACACAGCCAUCCUUGAACAUAACACAGCCACCAAGACCACAUGCGCCACCUUCAGGAAUAUGUCCAUCAAGAAGAUCAAAAGAGCAGAUAGAAAGGGAUCUGAGUCUGUGACAGAAGAAAAAUUUGCCCUCCUCUUCUCAACAGAGAUCACCAUCACAGGCUGUGACACUCCUUACAGAAUCCAGAUGAUCUCAUUGCCGGUCGUCGUCAUUGUCCAUGGCAGCCAAGACAACAAUGCCCUGGCUACCAUCAUAUGGGAUUGUGCUUUUUCUGAGCCAGACAGAGUACCAUUUGUGGUGCCAGAGCGUGUGCCAUGGAAAGUCAUGUGCAGCACUCUCAACAGUAAAUUCACCUCAGAGGUCCAGACGCAUCAUAACCUUGACCACUACAACCAACACUUCCUGGCUCAGAAGAUAUUUGACAAACCGGACUUCAAUGAUGACUUCAGCAACAUGAUGGUUUCCUGGACUCAGUUUAAUAAGGAAGUGCUCCCAGGUCGACUAUUUACGUUUUGGCAGUGGUUUGAGGGAGUGAUGGACCUGACAAAAAAACAACUGAGGACAUACUGGAGUGAUGGACUCAUAUUUGGUUUCAUUGGCAAGCAACAUCUACACCUCAUUCUCAAAGAGAGGCCCAACGGAACAUUCUUGCUACGCUUUAGCGACUCCGAGAUUGGAGGCAUCACCAUCGCUUAUGUGGCUGCAGCGGAGAUGGGUGAACAUAAACAGAUCAUCAAGAACAUCCAGCCCUUCACCAAGAGAGAUCUGGACAUCCGGAGCCUUGGUGACCGCAUUCGAGAUAUCAGUGACAUCACAUACCUCUACCCUGACUUUCCUAAACAUGAGGUUUUCAAAAAGUAUUAUUCAGAUCCUCAAACAUCCACCAGUGGUGGCUACAUCCCAGUAUCACUCCUUACUAAAGUGGGCAUGGAGAUUGGCUCAGUUGCAGCUGAUGUUACCAGUGUCGCACAUCAUACUGAAAGCCCCAACAAUGCUGCCAGAUAUCAAGUGGAUGCUGGCUCAGUUGUGCCGUGUGUCCCUAAUAUGACAAAUCACACCGAAAGCUCCUACAAUGCUGUUGGGUACCCUCUGCCUCAGUUCCAGCAGUUCUCUGCUCAAGAAGCUAUCACACAAGAACAAAUGGAUACCUUGAAUUCAUCUGCAGUAGAAUUUAGUUCAGACCACUCUGUCUUCAGUGAUGAGGCCACAGGAGAAAUGGACCUCGUCUUGAAUAGUCUUCUGAGCUUUUCUUGAUCCAUUCUACAUGCCCUCGUCUUCCCUUUGGGCGACAUUCAAAAUGCAACGGGUUCAACGCAAGUUAUGUGGCAUCUAUUUUCAGAGCAAGUAACCCAGGUGAUUUCUUGAUUUUGACUUUUUCGCGUGUCCACUUUAGCAACACAUUUAUUACUGUAUACAACUUUUAUCCCCCAUGAAAAUGUAAUUGCGUUAAAACGUGUUUUACAAUGUUUAAGGCAAAUACAAUACUUGAAUGUCCACCUUGUUGUCCACGCUAAUGUGUAAAUCACUGCUCGCAGACAAGUUCCAUCGGUAUUACCUGAACAGAAUUUUGUUCUAGAUAUGUAAAUGAGAUGUGUGGAAGGUAAUAGCUUUAGCUUAAUUCAUUCAUCCACUCAAAGUUGUAUUUCUAAAUAAUGUGUUCAUAUUGGAAAAAUUAUUUGUGAAAAGUCGUUUCUUCAAAGUAGUAACUUGAGCAUUGAGGUUUGACUGUAGGGAAUGAAUCAAGGCAUUUAUAGUGUAUCAACUCUUAUUAAAAAUAAUUUGAAUAAUCAA